AUGCCGGGCCCCUCGGAUUUCGAGGCUACAACCUCCCGAAGCUCCUGUCUUCUUUACCUUGAGCGAGGCUUGGAGGCUGAACGAGAUUCCGACCCGUCCGAUGCACCACCGCACGCAGGAAAACUUGAUCAGCAUCCCAGGCUUCUUGGUCUGGAGAAUGGCCGGCGUGACGACGCAUCGUGUCGUUCUCAUGAUGCUUGCCCGUUGCUGACGGAACGGGUAGUGAAGGCUUGGAUGAAGGACUUUGUGGCAGGUAUAUACACGAUUGGGGAGGGCGAUUCAGGAGCUACAAGUUCAUUGUCCGCGUGA